UGUGACGUAGGGGACAACUCCUACCCCCACUCUGCUCCUGAUUGGUGGCAUUUAGAGGAUGUGUCCUAUAAAAAGGCAGACGGGUUCUGCUCUUGUUAAGGAGCAAACGUAGAGCAAGUGAGAAUGCCUGUUGUACGGACGUUAACGAGGACGAUCAAGCAGGUGCUGCAGAGCCCUGUCUGCGGAUGUCAGACUGUCACCUCUGUUCGUUUCAUUGGCUUUUCACCCCGCCAGGUGACGUCGGAUGCCAGCUUCCACUCUGUGUCCUUCUCGGAGACUGACCACCCUCGGGUGCUGAUCACUGGAGGAUUAGGUCAACUGGGAGUUGGACUUGCAAAGCUAUUGAGGAAACGUUUCGGCAACAAUAAUGUGAUCCUCUCUGACAUCCGAAAACCUCCGGACAAUGUGUUUUAUAGCGGACCUUUCAUUUACUCCGACAUCUUGGACUAUAAAAACCUCCGUGAGAUAGUGGUGAACAAUCGGAUCACCUGGUUAAUACACUACAGCGCCCUGCUCAGUGCCGUUGGCGAAGCAAACGUUCCUUUGGCCAGGGCGGUCAAUAUAACCGGUCUGCACAAUAUUCUGGACAUAGCUGCAGAACACGGUCUACGCCUGUUUGUGCCCAGCACCAUUGGGGCAUUUGGACCAACCUCGCCCAGAAACCCAACGCCUGACCUGUGUAUACAGAGACCAAAGACCAUCUACGGGGUCUCAAAAGUCCAUGCGGAGUUAAUGGGAGAGUACUACAACUAUCGGUACGGCCUGGACUUCCGAUGUCUCAGGUACCCUGGCAUUAUUUCUGCUGAUUCCCAACCUGGAGGAGGAACGACUGACUAUGCUGUCCAGAUAUUCCAUGAUGCCAUCAAGAAUGGCAGAUUUGUCUGCAACUUGAAACCGGACACCCGCCUGCCAAUGAUGUACAUCGACGACUGUCUGAGGGCAACGAUGGAGGUGCUGGAGGCCCCGGCAGAGUCCCUCACAAUGAGGACAUACAACAUCAACGCCAUGAGCUUCAACCCCGAAGAGCUGGCCCAAGAAGUGAGGAAACAUCUGCCAGAGCUUGAGGUCGUUUACAAUAUGGAUGCGGUCCGACAAGCCAUUGCUGAUAGCUGGCCAAUGAACUUUGACGAUAGCAACGCUCGCAAGGACUGGGGCUGGAAACACGAAUACGACCUACCAGAACUGGUGACCACCAUGCUUGGCUACUUGAGCCCUGAAAGUCUCAAUGCUCAGGCCCAAGCCAGCUAAUCGAAACUUCGGGAGUCACCCAGUCACCGGGCUACUUCCAUCAUUGUAGUGUCAUACACUCUGGUAUAUGAUGCCGACACAUGUGUUCAUGACUCUCAACAUCUACUGUCACCAGUGGAGGAAAACUAAUAUUCUCAAUCGUUGUAAGUCUUGCCACGAGGCCAGUAUAUGGAUCUAUGUUUUAUUACUUGAAGUUGUGUUUUUGGGGUCAUUGUCACCUUCUUGGUUUAUUCUCUUGGGUGGCUGGAGGUUACUUACUGCAGAGCUUCAGAAACCAGGUGCUAAACUGUAAUAUAUGUAGUUAUAUUGUAUCCAUGUCCAUAGAUCUGUGGCAUUUAAGGUAUAGUCUGCCGAAAAAUACAUAACGACAAGCCAGUUGAAGCAAUGGGAGCAAGAGGCCCACCGAUGCCAAGAAUCAAAGGGUUCCAGAAAUGGGGAGAUGACCAAAGCUCUCCAUUAAAGAGGUAUUCACAUGUCAGACACUGAUGGUGCUGGGAUAGGACAUCAAUGUCUGCAAUGUGAAUCUCCUUUAGGAGCUUUGGGACCCCUCUGGACAUUUGUUCUGACCCCCAACAGUUUUUUUUUUUUUGGGGGGUAGGGUGUUUCAUUGACUUUUCAUUAAUUGCUAUUAUUGGAAGGCCCUUCUACCUCUCAGUGGAUAGAUUAGAAGCGACUGGAAUGCUAUUUUCCUCAUACAGAUUUCCAAAUCCCCCGUAAAGUCAUGUCGCUAAAUUUAUAAAACCCUGUCCGCCUGUAGCCUCCACUAGGGGGAGCUGAGAAGCUGACAUGUAUAAAUUGUAUACAGUGAGCUCCCCCUAGUGGUGGCUGAGGGCAGCAAACUUUCUAACUAUAGAGUCUCAUUUUAAGUUUGAGGCUAUUAUUUUUAGACUGGAGGUGCUUUGCGCACCUGCGCUAAAUUUAUGACGCCCUGUUUUUAUUAAAUUUGUCGCACGUGUGAUGUGGUUUCGCCACUGUCAAUAUGUCGGGGGGGGAAGGGGGUUCCCUGGCGUGGAGAUGCGACAUUUUUAAAAGUUGCGCAUCAUAAAGGAGACAAGUGUUCUAAUCUGUAAUCCAGACCAACUUUUCGCCCCACUUCUGAAAGUGGUGAAGCUCCUCAAAAGUCGCAAAAAAAAAAAAUGCACAAAAUGUUGAGCGAGACAUUUUUACGCCACAAAACUGGCUAAGCAGAUUUGAUGAAUGUCCCCCCUCAAUUAUUACUCUAAGAAAUUAAAUGUAUUCCAUUUCCGUUCCGCAAAAAAAAUGGAACAUGUCCUAGUAUUGUCCGCAUUACGGACAAGGAUAGUCCUGUUCU